AUGCGUUUCUCGAUCGCAUCGUCCCUGCUGUUCCUUGCAGGCGCCGCCCACGCCUCUUCCUCAUGGGGCUUCGCCGACGCGUCCGUCUCCGUCGGCUCCAAGAAGGCCAACGCCGUCACCCAGAAGUUUAGCGCAAAUGAGCAUGCUGCAAAUGCCGUCGUCCUGGGCCAUAAGGAUACCAUCACGGUGUCGUUGACCACUAAGGAUGGUUCCAGUGCCAAGCGGCCGCACCAGGCGUUCCUGAUCUUGUCGGAGUCCACUGGCCUCGAGGCCCCCUACCCUCUCACCAUCAAGGCAUCCGGAAAGGGCAGCGUCGAAAUUACCCAGAAGGACCUCCCUGUCCAGCUCCUCCUGUCCGACGCCCCCCUCAAGGCUAGCAUCGUGCUCGGCUCUUUUGGAUCUUCCAAAGGAUCCAUCUCCCCCGUCUUCGACAUCGAGAUCCAACUCGACCCCAACACGCCCACACCCGACUACAAGGCCCCCGUUCGAUACGGCAAGCGCUCCACGAUUCAACACAUCUUCCGUGAAGAUGCUAAGAGCCCACCCAUGUUCAUCUCGCUGGUGUUCGUGCUGGCUGUUUUGGGCACUGUCCCCCCUCUGUUCACCGGCUGGCUCUUUCUGGGCGCUAAUGUCAACCACAUCCCCAAGGCCCUCGGUACUGCGCCGAUUUCGCACAUUGUCUUCUUCGGAUCCAUCAUUGCCAUUGAGGGCGCCUUCUUCCUCUACUACAGCGCGUGGAACCUGUUCCAAAUCCUGCCCGUCGUCCUUGUCCUUAGCGUCGUCUCGUUUCUCAGCGGAACCAAGGCGCUGAGCGAGGUCCAGGGCAGACGCCUCGCUGGCGAGAGGUAA